AUAAGUGCUCGGUGGGGAGAUUUAGCCGCUUCUGUUUUCGUAACUUGAUGCAAGUCAUGUGUUAAGUACUCGUACACUGAGCUGAAAAGUCAGUUGCCCUUAUUCAAGCAGCUUCUCUCAGGAAGACUGGUUGGUGUACUGGGAUCCAGAAGUGAGGAAAAACUUUGAAGGCUUACAGCGAGGAUAUUUGUACACUGUCUGUCUGCAUCCUGACAAAGGAGAGGAAUGGGCUGUAACAGGAACUGUGGGCUCCUCACUGGGGCCAUCAUUGGUGCAGUGCUGGCUAUCUUUGGAGGAAUCCUGAUACCAGUUGGAGAUAACAUUAUAAGCAAAGCAAUAAAAAAGGAAGCUGUCAUUGCAAAUGGUACUAUUGCUUUUGAAAACUGGAUUGUACCAGGAAGUUCAGUUUACAGGCAAUUUUGGAUCUUUCAUGUGCAAAAUCCAUCGGAAGUAUUAGACUAUGGAGAACGUCCAAAACUUGAGCAAAGAGGACCUUACACAUACAGGGUGCGAUAUUUACCUAAGGAAAAUAUCACUGAAAAUCCUGAUGGCACAAUAUCCUACAUGUUGCCUAAUACUGCUCGUUUUGAACCUGAUAUGUCUGUUGGGACAGAAAAUGAUACCGUUACAUGCCUUAACCUUGCUGUUGUUGCUGCACCGGCCCUGUACACAAACACUUUCAUACAACUACUAUUAAACACUUGGAUUAAAUCUUCUAAGUCAUCCAUGCUGCAGAAUAGAACAGUGAAAGAAAUCCUGUGGGGAUACAAAGAUCCUUUCCUGAGCAAAGUCCCCUUCCCCUUGAACCCCGUCCUGGGAGUCUUCUAUCCGUAUAAUGGGACAUAUGACGGACUUUAUAAAGUUUUUACUGGGAAAGAAGAUAUAAGCAAAACAGCAAUAAUUGACACGUAUAAGAACAAAAGGAAUCUUUCCUACUGGCAAGGUCACUGUGACAUGGUUAAUGGCACAGAUGGGGCUUCAUUUCCCCCAUUUGUGCAGAAGGAUCAGGUACUGCACUUCUUCUCCUCUGAUAUUUGCAGAUCGAUCUAUGGAGUUUUCCAGAGCAAGCAGAAUGUGAAAGGGAUCCCGCUGUACCGUUUCACAGUUCCCCGUGAAGCGUUUGCAUCGCCUGUUGAAGUUGGAGAUAAUUACUGCUUCUGUACAGACUACACCAUUUCGGAGAACUGCACAUUAGCCGGAGUCCUAGACAUCAGUGCCUGCAAAGCAGGAAGACCAGUGUUUAUUUCUCUUCCACAUUUUCUUCAUGCAAGUGAUUCUAUAUUGCACAAUGUUGAAGGCCUGAGCCCAAAUGAGAAGGAGCAUGAGACAUUUUUAGACAUAGAGCCGAUCACUGGUUUUACAUUACAAUUUGCCAAAAGGCUGCAAGUAAACCUCCUGGUGAAGCCUGCACCAAAAAUUGAAGCUUUAUCAAAAGUUCAGAAACCUUACAUUUUUCCUCUUCUCUGGCUAAAUGAGUCUGCUGUUAUUGGGGAUGCAAAAGCCGAAAUGUUCAGAAAUAGAGUCACCAAUCGGGUUCAGAUGCUGGGUGUGCUGCAGAUCGUUUUAAUCAUCGCAGGUUCUGUGCUGUUCCUCGCAUUCAUGGUUUCCUAUUUCAUAUGCAGAUCAAAUAAAUUAAAAUAAGUAGAAAAAGACUUCAGAGGUAGACAAUCUUUAACUGAAAUUUCAACCAAGCAGCUUGUUAAAAUUCAGAGAGAAAUGAUCCAAGGCACACCAAGUCUACAUGUUAUGGAAUUCAACAUGCUUUUCCAUUCUGAAAGACCAACUCACUAACCCAGAUAAACUGAUGUUUCCAAAGGCCCGCAUUUCUGAUGUCACUAAAGAGGCCACCAUGGAAAUGAUACUUUCAGAUAACUUUUAUUAUAUGAACUUCGUUACAAAUUUUAAGUGACAUUCAAGCAGACUGAAGCUGAGAUGCAGUCCACCUGCCAUUUAUGCAACUUGCUACUUUUUUUUCUUCUGGAAUUACAAGACAAAUUAAAGUUGUUUGCUGAUGUUCUGCCGCUGAGCAUAGGCUGGGGAAUGACACCAUCGUUGAGCUCAUGCUGUGCUCUAGAUGCUCUAAUUGCAAUGUUUUUCUUUCUGUUCCUUCAAGGAAUGGAAGCUGCUGCAAUGGAAGUGCUCUCUGUCUUCUGUUCAGGGAUAUGAAUUGUGCUGAAUGUGAAGUUUAUUAUGUAAAGUUACUAACUGUAAUACAUGAUGUUAAUAAAAGACUUACUAAAAUAUUUCUUUUAUAUAUUUACGCAGAGCUAGCCAAUGCACAUAUUUACAAGUUAAUCCUUUACAGGUUAACAGGGGCUCACAAACAUUUGGCUCCAUGGCUUAGUAAUCUGAGCCACUUUCUAACUGCCAACCUCCUCUGCUGCUUCCUGCCUGCUUCUCUUUCUGGCUCUUCUCUCACCAACAACCUCUGCUCUGCCCUAACUCCACUUUGCCCAAGGCUUCCUGUAGGGAAUGAUCUGAUAUAUCACCCUUAAGGUCAAGAGAAAAUAUUCCAGAGUUCUAUACACAGUAAAGAUUGAGAUAAUGAUUUUGAUCAAAAAUCAGACUAUUCCACCUCCUUGCUGUAGAAGAAAUAAAGGAAGACAGGUAGACCCAUUCUUCAUUGAUUAGCUACCUGCUGCAAGGAAAUAUGUGCAAUCAUCUGUUAGAAUGAGGUGCAUCAGGCAGGUAGCUAGCAUUGCCAUUUGUGUAAAUGGUUUAUUUUUUUAUUUAAUUUGUUUGUCAUAUUUUAGGAACCAGUAGUGGGACAGUUUUUGAGAAUUGUGGGUGUUUCCUUUUCCCGUGGACUCAUUGAAUUAAGAAAAAGAGUACUUUGUAAGAUCUAUUCUGGAAACUUUUUGUCUUGUAAAUGAAGAACUGUAAAGUUCAGGCCAGCUUCUCAUAGCCUGGCUUCUGGCAGUAUUGCUGGACAAAACAGAAAAGUUUGUCUUGCUAGCAAAGGACAAUAUCUUUGUCCAGGUAACUUAGAAUGGUGUUUUCCUUCUUUGGAAAUAAAGAGAAGGAAGCCCAAGAGAUUAAAAUGUUGUGAUUUUAACUCCACGUUCCUUGUGGACAGAGCUGUGUUGCUACCUACCAUGGUGCAUUGCGGCUGAUGGAUCACAGAAAUCCCAAGAGACUUUUCUUGAAAGCAAUGUCUGAUACAUGAUUAUAUUCUUUUUCCAGACAUAAGCUGGAAAGGUAAAGCAAAAGAGGGCAGGAGAUAUGAAGGAACCACUACACUGAAGAGAAGCUAUGCUCUCAUUUAGAGAACUAAUGUAUUUGAUUGCUCAUGGUGCCAGUAAGUAAAAAAACAAGCCAUAUCUCUCUUCUCUACAUCAUUGCUGGGGUCAUACAUAAUAUUCUGCUCCCGCGGUAGCCUGUGGACAGUUUGAUGCAAUUUAAGGCAUCCCCAGAGGCCUAUGGACUGGUCAAGAAAGUAUGAGGACAAAUACGAAGGUUUUGUUUGAAGUCAUUAAGUCACCUCUUCUUAGGUUAAAACAAGCAGAGCUCUGCUGUGCUCUGCUGUGCUUCAAGAUUUGACAUCUUUUUUUUUUUUUUUUUUUUUUUUUUUUUUUUUUUUUUUUAAUAAUAAAACUAGCCUUUUGUGCUAGAGUUUAGUGGAGGAUCUUUUUUUUACACUGAAACAACAGCAAAGGUCCCAUUGAUUUUGAUAUGCUAGCAUUUCAACCUUGUUUGUUGUCUUGAAAUCUGCUGUCACCAAAACAGUGUUUGCUCUAUUAGGGUUGCUUGGUGCUAUUUAGUGAUCCAGCAGCAGUGAUCCAGCAAGUCAGGCCAUGAUUUUAAAUGUCUCAGGGCCCAAUUUUGCAUGCACGCAGAUAAGUUUAUUCAUACAUAUAAUCUCAAUGAUAUCAAUGCAGGUUUGGACUAUUAAACUGUGUUCAGCACCUAGGCCUCACUUGAAUUAUAAUUAGCACUUUUUGUUUUUGUCCAGAACAUUGGUUACAGAUAUUCUUAGUUCAUGUUAUUAAGGCUGAUGUUAAUUAUUUUCAUUUGUUAAGCUAUAUGUGGGAUAAACGCUUGUUAGAAAUUUUAAUGAACUCAAUAAAAAGAAAGCAAAGCUCAAAAUCUUCUUUUUGAAACUCUCAUGUCCAAGUGUAAAUAAAGUCUUCUGUGUUGGAUACUGAA